GUAAGACGAUCAAAUUGGCAAAGCAGCAUGCUGCUCAGCUGGCAUUGAGUAAGAUUCAGGACCAGCCUCAAUGUCACAGUCAGGUUUCAAGCAACUCAAGUCUUUCUGAAGAUGAUUCACUAACCCAUAACAUAGACAAUAACCUUGAACAUAUGAAGGUUACGCCUACAAAAGAUCUCAGCAGUGAUAUUCACCAGGAUAACUUCAUAGGGAUAUUGAGCAAAUAUUGUCAGCAGCGGGAACUGACACAUUAUUUUAUGGCAGUGGAGCAUAAAAUGCAUCCUCUCAACCCUGAGUUUAUUUACAAAGUAGUAAUAGGUCGGGUCGAGUAUCCAGAAGGCUGCGGUAAGACAAUCAAAGUGGCAAAGAAGCAGGCUGCUCAGCUGGCAUGGAGUAAGAUUCAAGACCAGCCUCAAUGUCACAGUGACUUUGCAGAGGAUCCCAAUGAUAAACCAGCGUCAGGUUUAAGUAUCUCAAGGGAUUUUGAACUUGUCAAAGAACUCGGUGAGGGAGGUUUUGGAUAUGUUUGUCAAGUGAAGCACAAAAUGGAUGGCAAGUUCUACGCAAUGAAGAUAGUUGAAUAUGACCGGGAUGCAGAGCGUGAGGUUCAGGCCCUGGCUGAGUGUGACCAUGCAAACAUAGUUCGAUACUUCACAGCAUGGCCUGGGGAGUUCAACCGGACAGCUUUUGGUGUCCACAGCACAUCUGAACAAUCAUCAUCCGAUUCUCAAACCAACACUGACGAUGAGAACAGUGAAUUAACAAGUGAUGGUCACUCUUCACUUGAAUCAAAGAGCAGUAGGCCUACCACAAAUUCCAGAAGAGGGAAGUAUUCUUGGCUGUUCAUUCAGAUGGAGUUCUGUGAGAAAGGAACUCUUCACAGCUGGUUAGAGGACAGGAACUUUGGGAAGUCACAGAGGACCAGGGAGGAUGCUCUUAAGGUGUUUCAGCAAGUUGUCUGCGGAGUGGAGUACAUCCAUUCAAAAGGACUCAUUCACAGAGACCUGAAGCCUGAAAAUAUAUUGUUUGCGAAAGACUACACUGUCAAGAUUGGAGACUUUGGGCUGGUGACAUCACUAACAAACCAGAAUGGUGGCAUGAUGAAAAGGACAAAGGGCAGAGGAACACCCUCCUACAUGAGCCCUGAACAGCAGGAUCAGAGGAAGUAUGAUGAAAAAACAGACAUAUUCCCUCUGGGGUUGAUUUGUUUUGAGCUUCUGUGGAAAGUAUCAUCAGGCUCUGAGAGGGCAAAGAUAUGGCCUGACUUAAGGAAUCAAGUAUUUCCAGAUGAGUUCUGCUGCACUUAUUCCUCUGAGCAUAAAUUAAUCAGCAAGAUGCUCUCCAAAACAACAGAAAUGAGACCAGCUGCUGCAGAGAUAGCCAGAUUCAUCAAACAUUUUCUCCUGAGUGAGACAGGGAUGCUAAAUCAGAAAACUGUGUGACUUUUCCUGAACUGAAGUUGCUGUAAGGCCUCCUGUAGC